UGGACUAUAAUCUCGGAGUCAAACCUCCAUGAUGAGCACAUAAAUACACCCACAGUCUGAAAUUUCUGGCUUCGUAAUAAGAAGCACAGUCAUGGUACAGAGAACCGCAAAUCCAAUGUCAUCAUGGAAGAAAUAUAAAGUCUCGGAUGAUGUGCGUAUUUAGGAAGUAAAUAUUCUGUCUCCGAGAAUCGAGGAUGAGAGCACAAAUGGGACAAAAGCCCGGAAAUUAGAAGAAAAAAAAAUGUGUAUAUAUAUAUAUGUGUAAGACUAUGUACUAAAAUUCUCGGAAUUCUGAGCGUGUGAGUUUCUCGAGGUGGGCUUAACAAUUUCUGGUAUGUUGAGAAUACAGUCGUCCAGUGGUUGAACUGGGGCUCGGGUGGAUUAGAGAAAUGGUACCAUGGACUACGGUGGAAUCGUAAUAAAUAGCCAUCCGUGUGACAAAAGGAAACAAACGAGAUGCGUGUGGAACGAGUUAAUUUGGAAGUUUUAAUAAACAACGAAUGGGCUGGACUAGAGAUGGUGGUUUGUUGGAAUGGUUGGGGGUUUUACGAUGUGGGGGAAAACUGGUGCAACAGAAACUGGGGAAUAUGUGGAAUGAGGAAAAUACGACAAAGAGGUUCAGGACAGUGCCCUUCUUACCAAGUACAGGGGGAUGAGGCUUCUAGGAGAUUUUACAUAAUUGAUUAAAGACUUGCUCCACCGUUGAUGAUGUCAGCUCUCAACUCAAGUAUCUUGAUGAUGCAUAUUAGCUGUGAGUGAUCAUUCCACAUGAAUAGGUGCCCCAAUUAUGAUUGAACAAAGUGAUAAUUGAACCACAGUGAACAGCCGAGUCAUUGUUACUUCAAAGUGGGAAUUCCGGUCGAACACGAAAUGAGUGGAAGAACAUAUUUGCCAGACGAUUCUUUUUGAUUAUAUCAGUUGUCAAUGAGGAUCGAUUGAAAUAGGAGGGUUGUCUUAGUGCGGAUUAGGUGAUUAAAAUGAUAAUGAGUUGCGGGGACACAUCCCUGAAGAACUGAUCAUUCAUCAUUUGAUAAGGAAUCAACAGUUCAUGAUGGAUUUUAUAGUGGUGUUUCUUGUUGUACUCCUGCAGCAAGAGGUUGAGGGACUGAAGUUGCUCUCUAUUAGUAUUCCACCUUACACAUUCAAGGGUGAGAAUGCGCGUCUCGUGUGCAGCUAUGACUUGGAAUCUGAAAAAUUGUACUCAGUGUCAUGGUACAAAGACAACGAGGAAUUCUACAAAUACGUUCCGAGUUCAGACAGAAGCCAACACAGCUAUCAAGUGGAGGGCGUAGAAGUUGAUCAUCACAACUCCAACAGCCAAAAAGUGAUACUGAAGCACGUGACGUUGGACUCAACGGGUGUUUACAAGUGCGAAGUGAGCGCUGAAGCCCCUAGUUUUUUAUCAGUCAAAGGGAAGGGCUACAUGGAGAUAAUUGCUUUACCUAAUGGCGAGCCUACUAUCACUAGUGAGGAAAAGGUUUAUGCCAGUGGUGAUAUUCUGGCUCUCAACUGUACCAGCGCUGCAUCUUCUCCAGCAGCGCGGAUCACCUGGUUCAUCAAUGGAAUAAAAGUUAAACCAGAUUCAGAAACCCUAAUACCACAGAAGGAUUUACUGUCAACAAUUUCAAGUUUAAGGCUUGAGGUGGGACCGGAUCACUUGACUGAAGGGCGAAUUGACGUGAGGUGUGAAUCACUCGUGGAGACGAGUGAACGGUCCACCGAACGACUCCAGGAUCUGCGUAAAACUCACGUUUUUGUUCAAGGCCACGCGAGUUUAUCAAGCCCGUGUCUUCCACUGUUAACAGCGGCCCUCAUCAUCCAGAGGAUCCUCAUAACGGGUUGAAUUCAAGUGAAUUCAUUAUCACCUGAGUAUUUGCGCCACAGAAAUCAUUGACACAGUGAUGAAUGGAGACAAUCGUGAGCAUAAUGAACUGUGUAGAUUUGAAUGAAUAAAACUGAGUGAAUCGUUUAAUAAUUCAAAUUACGAAAAUUCAAAUGAAUACAGAAUAUUUAAAAACCGAGUCUUUUGAUGAUUGUUAUAUUGUACAGCUGAGUAUGUGUGUGCUUUGUUCAUUAUUACGGGUUGUUCACUGACUGUUUGCAUCCACCUAGUCCAUUAAAAAAUAAACCAGUUGCAGUGAGGCAAAUCGCCGAUUGAUAUAUCUAUUGAAUAAUAAUGCGGUUGUAUUUCAUGAAAACACUUUUUGCAUUUAGUGUUCAUAGUAAUAUUAUGACGAUAGACAAUGUUCAUUCGAUUUUAUUUCCGAAUAAUGAGGAUAGGAGGAGAAAUUAUUUUAUGACCUCGGGGGUAGUUUACCCAACAGUUUAACAAAUGCGAAAAUCCGAAAACCAGUCGAUCAUUCGUGUUCGAUCUUUUGUCACAGGGACUUGUCCAAUUGUCUCCCGACUUUCCAAUCAAUAUCGGGAAUAAAACGGUUUACCAACCCCCACCCCACCCCCUCUCGCUAUAUUGAUGUAGUAUAUCAAAACAUCAGGGUGAUUUUACCGACACUUGGAUCCUCCCCCACCCUCUGGUAACUUUCACUAAGCUUUUGUUCCAAUUAUAACUUUUAAUUGGUACAAGAUGAUUAAUAAGAUGCCCAGGAAUACUUAAUCGCUUAAUUACAAUGAACGUGCAAUUACUGAUAACUAGACUGUCUGGUUUAGCAGAAUGAUUUCGAUGAUUAUCAUCUGCUGGACAUUCAACAGAAAUAUUUAAGGUACAAUUGAAAUUUCGCUGUUACGGAUUUGAUGUUUGUUGAGAAUUCGUGUUAAAAAAAUCACUGAAGUUAAUGGGAGGGAAUUGUUUCUUGUACAUAAUGGGACGGAUGGUUAUGUCGAUACAAAUUUAUUGAAAUCGUUGGUAUGGUAUGUUGAAAUUGAUGGGAUUGUGGCCAAUUGGGGAUUAACUGUUUGGUACUUGUCGCUCAUGAAACGGAGAAAAAGGUUCAUUGCACUGGUGAAUAGUUCUUGAAAUUUCAUGCACAACAUCAUUUCGGAUUUUGAAAAUGUUCAUAGCUUUUCCAUUCGACUGAAAAAUUCAAAAAGUUUUGGGUUGAUUUUCCAAAUCGUCAAUGUUUCAUUAAAUUAACAGAUUCGGUGGUGGAAAAAUACACAUGAAUUUAUUAUUAUUUUGGAGUUGUGGAAAAUUUUAAGCUCAUGCAUUUAAAAUUUCAAGAGUAAUUUACCAACAGAGUAGGAGAAAAAUAUAAAUCUCUGUAUAAGAGAAAGUGCAUCACUUCCAAUGAUUAAUUUAAUUCUUGAUCAUUUGAUCAUUCAUGCUGUUUCGCGGGAGAGGAAAAUUUUUCAAUUCAUGAAAAUGGUCCAUCUAAGUUAAAAAAAAAUAAAUCAACAAAAAAUGAGGUUCUUCCAAGACACAGAACAAGUUUUUUCUUUUUUUUAAUUCGUUUAAAGUGCCGCGACUCAAGAGUAGGGUUAUUUAACACAAUGCGUUUAACUAUAAAAGCAAAUUUAAUUUGUUUUGUUUCCUCGUCACGGCCCCUGUGUAUAUCAAUGAAAUAUUUUCCUCUCGGGUGAAUACCCAGCCCAGAGACAUGAAUUAUCCGUAUGUAAUCCUGUAAAUUCCAUACAUUUUUCCAUGACGCUUAAUGUACUCCCCGAAGAACGCUGUGUACCAUAAAAUCUAGACAGAGAAGUAACAAUAUAAAUCCAUCUGUAAAUUCAAUGAACAAGGAAUUGUAUGAUCACCUAACGUAUGUAAAGAACAGUCUUCAAUCAAGACGAACAAACUAAACGAAUUGGGAGUCCUCCCUUAAUGCUAAAAUAGUCAGCACCAGAGAAUUAAAAAAAAAUAAUGAGACACUUAGUACAUACUCUCGUCUCAGUGACCCUUUGAAAAGGCGUUCGAAACGAUAUACCAUGUAUUUAUGUGUAUGGCCUAAUGUAUAUAACUCGCGUAUCUAGAGAAUAAAGUAAAUAUUUAA